AUGGCCGGAAUUCCGUGUACGAUUAUCAUCACGUUAACGGACCCUAAAUUGUUCACUCUUGAAAUGGCUAUGGUUGUGAUGAAGCAGUGUUUCAGGUAUGGGAAUCCGAAAAUCAUUAUAAAAGAGUCAAAAAUACAUGUUACCUUAGCCUAUACACCACGAAAAGAUAUGUUGGAUAGAAAAUUUGGAAACCUACCACUAAAAUAUACCAAACUCAAUGCAAUUUCAGAAGAGGAGGUGAAAUUAUUCGAAAUGGCAAAACAAACUUUCUCGUUUUCAUUAGAAGAAUCGAGCAAUGAUGAGGGUGAACCUUCUGCAUCAUCCUAA